AUGGAGUCGACGGCUCAGCGAAACACAUGUCGAAGUUGCCGAUUCGACGAGUGUAUGCGACGAGGAAUGAAAAAGGAAGCGGUCCAAAGCGAAAGGGAUCGAAUACGACCGAAUGGAUCAGGUCCAAUUCCUGACGAUCCUCUCUUGGAUGCACUUCUUUCCGCCGAAGCCAUUGUGCGCCAACUUCGCUCAUCAGUGAUCACCCGAACAGUUGAUGCUCGGCGUCAGGCCACUACUGGGGAUGUAACAGACAGCAUGAAUCAGCAACUUACCCUAAUGGUAGAAUGGGCAAAGAAUUUGCAGGAAUUUCAACGGCUACCACUUGGCUCCCAAAUAGCUCUACUGAGGCAUUUCUCUGCACAACACUUGGUGAUGUGCGCGGCUUUCCGAAGUAUUCACCUCAACGACGCUGUCUGCUUGACAAAUGAAACCUGUCUACCGAGGGAUACACCGAAGGUACCCGACGUAAAUCGAGUAGCAGCACGAAUAGUUGACCAUCUGACGACGCCGAUGAGACAGCUUCAGAUGAACGAGAUCGAGUACGUCGCCCUGAAGGCUAUCGCAUUUUUUGAUCCACUUGCGAAGGGAGUGGAAGAAUCUCAUCAUGACAUCAACGAUACCCGCCAGAAGCUACUGGAUUCAUUCGAACGCCAUGUGCGGCAAGUGUCGCCGCUUCGCGAUACUCCUCGACGCUUUUCAAACCUUCUACUUCUACUGCCUCCAAUGUUGGCCAUCGCCCGUGAUCUGAUUGAAGAUGUCCAAAUGGCAAAGCUGUUUGGCCUGGCUGCCAUCGACAGGCUAAUGCAAGAGCUCUUACUACCUCCUGACAGCAGCUCAGACAAAUCGCCUUGA